AUGCAUCGUCCUCGGCUCCAGCGCUCCCUCAUGCCCCCGGACCCUCCGGCCUUGGCCCCGAACGCACCGCAGGACCCCGGGAAAAAGACUCGCGGACGCUCGGCAGGAGCAGGCUGAGGGAGGAGAAAGUGGGCCAGAGGCCAGCAGCAGGGAUGGACAUGAAGGGUCUUCACAGCAGAAAGAGCAGGGUGAGAGAGGAGACAGUAGACCAGAGGCCAACAGGGAUGAUUAUGCAGGGUCACAGUUUUGCAUGAGGGAGUGAUUAUCUGCCAAAAACGUAUAAAAACAAGGGUCUCAGUUCUGCUAAGCUGCACUUGUAGAGUACAGUGUAUCAGCUGCAAGGACUCUCUUUACAGGCACUACCAUUAUUUCGCAAAAUGCCUUCCACUUGUGUUACGAUGGUAAAUUCCCUUUAUGAACCUGGUGGUGUAGGCAGCCCUUCCAACCCAGAGAAAUUUCAAGGCCAAGACUAUGAGCAACUCAAGGAAUCUCUUCUCAGCAAGGGGGAAUUAUUUACGGAUGAUGCUUUCCCAGCAAAUCUUGAUUCUCUGGGCGAAAUAGAGGGUCUAACUGCUGAGCAGUUGACAGAGGUGGAGUGGCAUAGACCCGGGGAACUGGGAAAUGUUGAUCCUUCCUUUGUUGUUGAUGGGGCUUCAAGGUUUGACUUCAAACAAGGAGAUAUUGGCAACUGCUGGCUUCUUUCAUCUUUUGGCUCGCUGACACUUCGGAAAUCAUUAAUGGCACAAGUGGUGCCUUUAGACCAGAACUUCAAGGAUGGCUAUGCUGGAAUAUUUCACUUCAGGUUCUGGAGAUUUGGAAAGUGGGUGGAUGUUGUCGUCGAUGAUCUGCUGCCGACACGCAACAUGCUGCCAGUGUCAGUUUCCUCCAGAUCUGGGACUGAGUUCUGGGCCCCCCUGCUGGAGAAAGCUUAUGCCAAGGUGUGUGGCUCCUAUGGAGACAUGAUUGCUGGAAAUCCAUCGGAGGCCUUCAUGGAUUUCAGCGGCAGGGUGCACAUGACCUACAAACUCACCGAGCAGCCCAGUGACCUGUGGGACGUGAUGACCAGAGCCACCAAGGCCAAAACUAUGAUGGGAUGUGCCACGUAUGGACAGGAGAAAGGAAAACCAGGAGAAGAGGCUGGUCUGGUGAGCGGGCAUAUCUACGCUGUGACAGGAGUCAAACAGGUUUUGAGUAAAGGGGCGAAGGUGAAUCUGGUGAGAAUCUGGAACCCGUGGGGUGAGAAGGAGUGGAAUGGAGACUGGAGCGACAAAUCAGAGUUGUGGGAAACUGUUAGCUCUGACGUCCGUGACCAGUGCCUCAAAGUGCGCAAUGAUGGAGAAUUCUGGAUGACUCUUGAGGAUUACUGUGUCUAUUAUGAAGACAUGGCCAUCUGUUGUGACAGCCCCAACUUCCUGGAUGAUGAUGCUGCCUGCCAGUGGAAGUGCUCAAUGAAGGAAGGUUGUUGGGAAGCAGGGAAAACUGCUGCAGGCUCUGACAGAACUUCAGAGGAGUUUUGGAAAAAUCCCCAGUUCCGCAUCAGAGUGAAGGCAGUGGAAGGAGAGAGCCAAGGAAGCAAGAACAUCUUAGUGUCUCUCAUGCAGAAAUCUGAUGAAGAAAAGCGCAGCAAAGUGAAAUAUCACGCCAUUGGCUUCAUGAUCUAUGAGGUUCCACCAGAGGCACCAAAGGGGCAGCUCACCGCUUCACUGAUGGGAGACGGCUCCCCUCUUGAAGUCAGUACGUUCUAUUAUAAGAGGGAGAUCGUUGAGCUCCACAGCUUGCAGCCAGGAGAGUAUGUGAUCAUUCCCUGCACAUUCAAACCCGAGAAGACUUCAAGCUUCAUCCUCACAAUUUACUCCAAGGCAGAGGCCGAGCUGGAGUGAAGACAAAAUUACCUGCAAUACAGCCAAACUGAAAAUAAUCCGCAUUCUCUUCUUUUGCAUGUGCUAUGAUAAUGGUUGUAAACCCAAAAAAAUGGAGUUGUGCUUUGGUUAUGCAAGCAAGCUUACUGUAAAAGGGAACUGUGCCUCGGGGCUUCUGAUUGGAGUACAUGUCGUCUUUCCUGUUCAUCUUCACCGCAUGCAAAAAUUAAAUACUCAGGGUAGCCGGAUGAAAAAUUAGAAUUAUGCAUGUCUUGUUGAAUUGCAAUCACUGCUUCGCCUACUCUGUACCUCUACUCAUAAUUCACAUAAUUAAAAUAUAUGGUUUUAAACUUUCUUUUGCUUUGUGAGGCCUGUCAAGACAAAUAUAUGUCUACAUGAUGAAAGCUGUCUUUGUGAAUGCGCAGAACGUCAGACUGAGACACCAAUUUUCCCUUUUUGUCCUUACUUGGUUAUCUGAUGAAGUGUACAGAUCACAAACAUUCAUUACUUCCUUACUUCAUUUAUUGCUAGUAUUAGAAAUGUUUCCUUUUAUAGCCUGAAAUCAUCUUCAACAUCACUAAUGAACUUUCCCCUCCAGCCGCUCACAUAACACACCCAGUAGCCU